AUGUUGAAUCUCAGUGACAGGAAAUGGAAAAAGUUCACGGUGCAGGGAGAGAGCCAUGCCAUCGAGCUGGCUUUGAAGAUGGACAUAACACAGAAACACUUUCAGAGGAAAUGCCAGCAGGUUGUAUUCGCCAAAUGGUUGAGCCGGGUAAAAUUACACAAAAGGAUCUUCCAGUAUUUAGACCUACAAGACUUGCUGAACUGUGCAGAGGUUUGUUGCUCAUGGAAAUCUAUCAUCCAGUCGAACACACUGUGGAGUCAAAUCAACGUUUCUGUGGGGAAAGACUGGAUAACAGACAGUACAAUGAAGAAGAUUCUGCAGAAUUACCGCAUUUUUGUCACCCACCUCAACCUACGAGGCUGCACAUCUCUGAAGUGGCGCAGCCUAAAAUGCAUCAGUGAGUGCAGAAAUCUCCAGGAGCUCAAUGUGUCAGAGUGCCAAAAUGUAACUGAUUUAAUGAUUCAGAGGAUUGUGGAGGACUGUCCCUCUCUGCUCUACCUAAACCUCUCUUGCACCCUCAUAACAAAUGAAACUCUGAAAGAACUUUCCAGAAACUGUCUCAACCUACAGUACCUGAGUCUGGCCUACUGCUACAGGUUGACAGAUGAAGGCUUUAUCUACCUGCGGACAGGAAAGGGCUGCUCCAAUCUCUUCCACCUCAACUUGUCUGGCUGUACACAGAUGACACUAAAUGGCUUCAGAUAUGUUUCUGCUGGAUGCUCGUCACUCAAAGAGAUUGUAAUAAAUGACAUGCCCACCCUGUCGGAUAGCUGUGUCUUGGCCCUACUGGCCAGAUGUCGCUGCCUGUCGGCCAUUUCUCUGUUGGAUGCUCCUCAUCUUUCCGACAUCGGUCUCAAAGCCAUCGCCGAAGCAGCCGAACUGAAGUCUUUCAGUACAGAGGGCAACAACCAGCUGACAGAUAUGAGCUGGAGGGCUCUGUGCAGCAGCUCGCCCGGCCUCCGCAGGCUCCACGCUGCACAAUGCCCCAGAAUGACAGAUGCCAGCCUCAGAUCUAUGGCCACCCUGAAACACCUGCAGUAUCUGGACAUCUCACUCUGUAGCAGGGUGAGUGAUGACGGGAUACGGUAUUUGACCGAAGGUGCCUCAGCCGGGACACUGCGAGAGCUGAACGUCAGUCAGUGCAGUUACGUGACUGACAUUUCAGUCAUGAUGAUCGCACAAAGGCUGAGUGAACUUUGCCACCUCAACCUGAGUUACUGUGAGAGGCUGACAGACGAGGCCAUGGAGCAGCUGAAUGGCAGCUCUAUCUGCUCCCUCGACAUCAGCGGUUGCAACAUCCAGGACGAGGGACUGAUUCAUCUCAAGGGGAUUCACUUGAAGAAGCUGGUUCUUGCUGAGUGCGUUCAUGUCACGGACGUUGGCAUUGAGAGGCUUUGCAAGAGCAUGAGAGACCUGGAGCAUGUUGAUGUAUCUCACUGUGCAGCUCUGUCUGAUGCAGCUGUCAGAUCCUUCUCAUUUUACUGCAGAGGUCUCAUCUCACUGCGGAUAUCAGGUUGCUCCAAGAUGACAGACGUGGCAGUGCAGUAUCUGACAUGUGGAGCUCAGUACCUGCGAGAGCUCGAUGUGAGUGGCUGUGUUCUUCUCACCGAUCGAUCAAUAGGGCACUUAGAGCGAGUGUGUCCUCCACUCAGAUCCAUCACCAUGGCCUCCUGCUGUGGCAUCUCCAGGGUGGCUGCUCGGAAGCUGCAGCCACGUGUGGCACACUGGGAGCACAGCACCGACGACCUCCGCUCCUGGUUUGGGCACAAUGGGAGCCAAAUGGAGCGUUCAGUCACAUAA